AUGGUAACUAUACCUAGUAAGGGUGAAUUAGCAAUUUUAUACGGCGGCCCUAACUUGGUCUACCUGAUACGUUUAGAUGGAGAUUCUGCCAUACAAACAGCUCGCGGCAUUGUCUCAAGUAAAGAUUGUAUUGGAAAACCUUUCGGAACUAAAAUUUCAGUGGGGAAAUCAGGCAAUUGGUUUGUACUUCUACCUCCUUUCCCGGGUCUAGUAACUUUGGGUCUAGUUCAUCAUACACAGAUAUUAUAUCGCUGCGAUAUCGCAUUUAUUGCACUAUUGUUGGAUGUUAAACCAGGGGAUGUGGUCGUAGAGUCUGGUACUGGUUCUGGCUCCAUGAGUUACAGCCUAUCGUGCCUAGUCUCACCAGGCGGCACCUUACAUAGCUUUGAAUACCACAAGCAAAGAUCGGAAGAUGCUAGAGCUUUGUGUGAUGCCCUAAAACAGGAUUGUUUAAAAAUUUACAAUAGAGAUGUUGUACAAGAUGGGUUCAUUAUACCCAAUGUGUUGGAUAUGAACGGAGCUGAUUCAGCAUUUUUAGACUUACCCUCACCAUGGAAUGCGAUAUCACAUGUACACGAUAUUUUGAAGCCAUUAGGUCGUUGUGUUAACUUCUCUCCGUGUAUUGAACAGGUGCAAAGGGUUGUGAUUAGUUUCAAAAUGAAGAAUUUUGAAGAUAUUAGAACUUUUGAAGUGGUUUGUAAACCAUGGGGGGUGAAAGUGUGUGGGAAAAUUAAUAGUUAUCAAAUUCCAUACUAUUCACACACCGGUUAUAUAACAGUGGCCACUAAAUCUCCAGUUAAGCCUUCAACUUGUGCUAUAACAGCAAAGAUUACAACAUAG